AUGAAGGGUUACGCAUUCGCCUUAUCGCUCCUCCCACUGUUGGCGGCAGGCUCGCCAAUCCUCGUCGACACCAUCCACAACGAUGCUGCUCCUGUCAUCUCCUCGUCCAAUGCAAAGGAGAUUCCCGACUCUUACAUGGUUAUCUUCAAGAAGCAUGUGACUGAGCGAGAUGCCAGCGCCCAUCACUCGUGGAUUCAGGAUGCCCACGUGUCACACGAGUCCCGCAAGCUGGAGCUUCGGAAACGCAGCCAAGUUCCUAUGUCGGAUGAGACCGUCUUUGAAGGGUUGAGACACACCUACAACAUUCCCGGCGGCCUCUUGGGCUAUGCUGGCCAUUUCGAUGAAGGAGUCAUCGAGUUGGUCCGAAGGCACCCGGAUGUUGAAUACAUCGAGCGUGACUCCGAGGUCCGAACCAUGAAUUCGACUCCGUCGCUCGAGAAGAACGCUCCCUGGGGCCUUGCCCGUAUCUCUCACCGUGAAGCCUUGGGCUUUGGCAAUUUUAACAAAUACCUCUACUCUGCGGAUGGCGGUGAGGGCGUCGACGCUUACGUCAUUGACACCGGUACCAACAUCGAGCACGUGGACUUUGAGGGCCGCGCCAGCUGGGGCAAGACAAUCCCCGUUGGCGAUGAAGAUGUGGAUGGUAACGGACACGGUACACACUGCUCUGGCACGAUCGCCGGCAAGAAAUUCGGUGUCGCCAAGAAGGCCAAUGUCUACGCCGUGAAGGUCCUCAAGUCGAAUGGGUCUGGCACCAUGUCCGAUGUUGUCAAGGGCGUCGAAUGGGCUGCAAACGCCCACUCCGAAGCCGUUAGCGCCGCAAAGAAGGGCAAGAAGAAGGGCUUCAAGGGCAGUGUCGCCAACAUGAGUUUGGGUGGUGGCAAGUCCAGAGUCCUGGAUCUUGCCGUCAACGCCGCCGUGGACACUGGUCUUCACUUUGCCGUCGCUGCCGGAAACGACAACGCCGAUUCUUGCAACUAUUCCCCUGCUGCCGCUGAGAAGGCCAUCACGGUCGGUGCCUCCACCUUGGCCGAUGAGCGUGCUUACUUCUCCAACUACGGCACCUGCAACGACAUCUUUGCUCCUGGUCUCAACAUUCUUUCCACCUGGAUUGGCAGCAAGUAUGCCACCAACAUCAUCUCUGGCACUUCUAUGGCUUCCCCUCACAUUUGCGGUCUCCUUGCCUACUUCCUGUCUCUUCAACCGUCGAGCGAUUCCGCAUAUGCCGUUGCUGCCAUCACCCCCAAGCAGAUGAAGGCAAACAUGAUCUCCAUCGCUACCGAGGGUGCUCUUUCCAAUGUUCCCUCUGACACUGCCAACAUCCUCGCAUGGAACGGUGGUGGCAAGUCCAACUACACUGAGAUCAUUGGCGAUGGCGGCUACACUUUCCGCCAAUCCAACGCUGAGUCGUAUCUCUCCGAGAAGGCCUCCGAGCUGAAGGCCGAGCUGAAGCAGAUUGCGGCCGAACUUGAGGCUCUGAUUGAGAAGUCUUAG